CCACCACCGCUUGAAGGAGAAGACGAAGAAACUGAAGUAAUCAUGACCUUCAAUCUGACCUCUGUUAAAACCUCAUCUAAUGGAGCUUGGCAAGGCGAUAAUCCUCUGGACUACGCCUUCCCUCUUCUCAUCAUCCAAAUCACUCUGGUUCUCGUCAUCGGCCGUUCCCUAUCCUUCCUCCUCAAACCUCUCCGACAACCCAAUGUCAUUGCAGAGAUUGUCGGUGGAAUUCUACUUGGACCAUCAGCUCUUGGACGGAACAAAACUUACUUGAAUCGAAUCUUUCCAUCAUGGAGCACUCCAAUACUUGAAUCCGUCGCAAGCAUCGGACUCUUGUUCUUUCUAUUCCUAGUGGGUCUCGAACUUGAUCUGAAAUCAAUUCGACGAAGCGGUAGAAAAGCUUUCGCAAUCGCCGCUGCCGGAAUCUCCCUACCUUUCACUUGCGGCGUUGGUGUUGCUUAUGUUCUUCGCGCAACCGUCGCGGGAGCGAAAGAAGCCGGUUACGCUCAAUUCCUUGUCUUCAUGGGAGUGUCUCUGUCCAUCACCGCCUUCCCUGUUUUGGCCCGCAUUUUAGCGGAGCUUAAAUUGCUCACCACCAGAGUGGGAGAGACUGCCAUGGCCGCAGCAGCGUUUAACGAUAUGGUGGCUUGGGUUCUUUUAGCUUUGGCCGUGGCUCUGGCCGGUAACGGCAAAGGUGGAUCUCAUAAGAGUCCAAUUUUGUGCGUGUGGGUGCUUUUAUCCGGGGUGGCCUUUGUUGUGUUCAUGUUGGUGGUGAUACGGCCUGUGAUGACUUGGGUGGGGCAGCGGUGUUCGCCGGAGCAAGAAGUGGUGGACGAAAGUUACAUUUACUUGACAUUGGCCGGCGUUCUUGUGUCCGGUUUCAUAACGGACCUGAUUGGGAUACAUUCGAUAUUUGGAGCGUUUGUUUUCGGUCUAACGAUACCUAAAGAAGGUGAGUUCGCAAGGAAUCUCAUAGAGAGGAUAGAGGACUUCGUGUCUGGGCUUUUACUCCCUCUCUACUUCGCUUCCAGUGGGCUUAAGACGGAUGUGACGAAGAUACACGGCGCUGAGUCUUGGGGGUUGCUGGUGCUCGUCAUUGUCACCGCCUGUGUUGGGAAGAUUUUUGGCACCUUCUUCGCCGCCAUGCUAAGUAAGAUUCCGGCGAGGGAGUCGCUGACGCUUGGGGUGCUCAUGAAUACUAAAGGCUUAGUGGAGCUCAUUGUUCUCAACAUCGGCAAAGAAAAGAAGGUGCUGAACGAUGAGGUUUUUGCCAUCUUGGUACUGAUGGCACUCUUCACCACAUUCAUCACCACUCCAACGGUGAUGGCUCUCUACAAGCCCGCACGCGCCCCUGCCCUCCCGGCCCAACGCAAGCUUCAACGUGACUCCCCCUCCAACGUCAAAGCCAAAACUAAAGAUAAGCUACGCAUCUUGGCCUGCGUACACGGCCCUGGCAACGUACCCUCACUCAUUAGCUUCAUCGAGUCGAUUCGUGGCAAUAAGAAAUCCCCUCUCAAGCUUUACAUCAUGCACCUGGUGGAACUCACUGAACGGACCUCCUCCAUCAUCUUGGCCCAACGCGCUCGCAGAAAUGGCCUCCCUUUUAUCGAUCGCCUCCGCAGUGAAGAAUCCCACGACGGCGUCACUGUGGCUUUCGAGGCUUACGGCCAACUCGGCCGAGUCAAGGUUCGAACCAUGACGGCCAUCUCGGCCCUGCACACCAUGCACGAAGACGUCUGCCAAGUUGCAGAGGAGAAGCGGGUUAGCAUGAUAAUACUGCCCUUCCACAGGCAAAGCAGAGGAGACGGGUCUGGAUCCGGUUCGGGUGAGUUGGAGAAUGUGGGUCACAGCUGGAGGAUGGUGAACCAAAGGAUCCUUAAGGACUCCCCCUGUUCCGUGGCCGUGCUGGUGAGCCGGCGCCUGGGCGGUGGGUCCAAGCGGAUCACUCCGUCAUCCAGUGCCACCGUGGCAAAGGGAGUCUGUGUCGUCUUCUUCGGUGGGCCCGACGACCGCGAGGCCCUAGAGUUGGGAGGAAGAAUGGCGGAGCAUCCCGAGGUGAAGGUCACCGUGAUACGUUUCAUGGAAGAGCAAGGAGCGACACCCACCGGUAUCAUGCUGCGUCCGUCGCCGGAGAAGUGCUCCGACAAGAAUUACAGCUUCUCCACCGCCGUCAUGGAUCGGGCGAGAGAGAAGGAGUUGGAUGAGGCGGCGGUGGCGGAGUUCCGGAGGAGGUGGGAAGGGAUGGCGGAGUACACGGAGAGAGUAGCGAAGGAGAACAUUGUGGAAGGGGUAGUGACCAUAGGAAGUAGUGGAGAGUACGAGCUGUUUGUGGUGGGGAAGGGGCGGUUCCCGUCAACGAUGGUGGCGGAACUGGCGGAUCGAUCGGCGGUUCACCCAGAGCUGGGACCCAUUGGCGAUGUACUGGCGUCGUCGGGUCAUGGGGUGUUGUCUUCGGUGCUGGUGAUACAACAGCACGAUGUCAAGCACGGUAACGAAGUCCCUGCUUGCAAGAUCGUCGGAGGCACCGAAACCUCCGUUACUGCUACUGUCACUCCUAUAGGCACCAGCAUCACCACCACUACAGUUUCGGUAUGAAGUAAAAAUACAGAGAAGAAAUCGAAAGGGAGUUGUUUUU